GACCGUACUGAAAGCGCAAACGUUAACACCGACUGUACCGUACGUAACUGAAUACGAUCGCACAUCGCACACAUGCACACACCCACACACACCGGAUAACGCGGCACACGAUCUUCGUGAUUUGGUUGUGUUUAUUUAUUUAUUUUUUUUUUUUGUCAUCGUUUUUUGAUUAUAUUUUACGCCACCGUAUACGCAUAGCUAACCAAAUACCUGGUUAAUGCUGGUCACGUCCGUUAUCGUAAUAAUAUAGUGUUAACGCAUCCGUUCAGUGUCUGUCGCGGUGACCGAACACUCGAACGGUGUCCGCCGCGCGGAAACCGGCCGCCUCGGAUGGAGCCGCCUCGGACGACCCCGACGGCUAGGAGACCUCGGGCUGUCGCCUUAAUUUGUCUGAUCGCAGUGUUGUUGGCUCUCAUUUCGGACGCGGUAUUUGGUCUGAAGGGCGUCCGAAUUUGGAACCCCGAAGCUAUCCGAGCAGGUGAGCUGUUACGGCUUUCUUGCGACUAUGACCUUGAAGGUGUGCCACUAUACUCGAUAAAAUGGUACUUUGGCGAUCAAGAAUUCUACAGAUUUGUACCAAAAGAGUCACCACCUACCAGGGUUUUCCCGCUAUCUGGUACCACAUCGGUUGAUAUAUCCGAGUCGGACGACCACUCAGUCACACUGACUAACCUGCCCCGAGAUAUGUCAGGUCACUAUAAAUGCGAAGUUUCCACGGACGCUCCACUUUUUCACACGCAAAUCAAAGAGUCAUACAUAACUAUAAUUGAAGAACCACAGACACCACCACUCAUGUUUGCCGGUAAGCUCAAGUACAUCAAGGACGAACCGGUAAAAAUAAAUUGCACUUCUUACUCAGCGUUCCCAGCCACCAAUCUCACGUGGUUCAUAAACGACAAAAAAGUGACGAAUUUGACGAAAUACGCCAAGACGACGGCUUGGGUUACAGCCGAAGACGACGGGCUACAAACCAGCAGAUCACGGUUGGAGCUGUCGACCCACGCCGCAUACUUUCCGGGUGGUCGGAUGACGGUCCGCUGCGAGUCCAAUCAAUUUCUGUUGUACAAAAAGUACUCGGUUAUUGAGCUGAUGGAUGACUCGCCCAGACUGGCCCAAAUGAUCAGUCCCACUACAGUGCUGAGAUCGGGUGGACCACAGGCCAGUUCAGCUGAUCGUUUCGCUACCAGAAGUGUGUUUGUAUUGGUCGCCUAUGUAGUCAAUCGAAUAGCACCAUCUCUAUUAAGAUAGCUUUGCGAUUCUUACACACAAUAGCCAAACACCCCGACAUUAUUAUUAUUACAUCAUGUUAUAACGGAAAAUAUAUUCUGUUGUCAUUGUCGUCGUAUUUAAUAAGUAUUUUACAAGAAUAACGAUUUUAUAUAUUAUGAUUGUAAUAUAUAUGAACACGGUUGAUCGUUUGCGAUGUUAUUAUGUUUGUAUCGGAGUGGACGCCUUGAUGGUCUCGUGAAUUGGACUUUAUUCUAUUCAAUCGUACCAAUCAAAAGCAUAUUAAUUAUUUGUAUAAAAUGUUUUCUUCUCUUUCACAGCGCGAUUGAACUAAAGCAAGGCCAAGCGCUGAAGCGAUAGCGAGCUUUCGCUACCCCUCAACCACCCACCCCCAUACAUUAUCGGCAAUAAAAAUAAAUACGAAAACGACAUAUUACAUUUCUUUAUACCAAAAAUAAUACGAUAUAAACAUAAUAAUACGCGAUUGCAAAAACAUUAUACUAUAUUAAGAUUUAUACAUUUAAUAUAGGA